AUGGUACAUAUUCUGAUGUUCUUCACUGGCAACCACACCACAUGAAAUAUUGAAGUGAGGUGAAUCUCCCCUUUUAAACAAGUGAACUACACAAUUCUGAAUUAUCAAGUUCAGAAUUCGCAGGGAAGUUGCAACGAAGUUCAGAAAAACUUACAUGCUUUGUGAAGUGUGCAAACCAAAAAUCCAGAUUCUAUACGAGGGGUACCCCUACUUUUUCUUACAGGAGAUCAAUCAAUUUCCAAAACCCAGUUACUGGUUUUCCUGAAAACUUCUCAGGGAGUUAGUUUCAGAGUUUGUAUCCUGUGUUAUCAGAGAUAAACAGCAACAUGUGUAUUACUAAUCAGGAAGUUAUCAAGCAAUUGGAGUCCCUUUUGGAAAACUUGGAUGAGCAACAGAAGAACACAUUCCAGAAUAUGCACCAGGGCUAUCCAACAGAAACAUUAGUACGGUUUCUCAAAGCAAGGGACGGCAAUGUUGUGAAAGCACAUAAAAUGUUGAUUGAUUGUUUACAAUGGAGAGUAGAAAAUGAGAUUGACAAUGUUUUAGCGAAGCCUAUACCACCUGGUUUGUUCAGACGUUUGCGAGAUUCUCAACUUGUGGGAAUGUCUGGUUUCACAAAGGAGGGCUUACCUGUCAUUGUUAUUGGUGUUGGGCUCAGCACAUUUGAUGAAGGGCUUGACAAAUACUAUGUACAGUUGCACAUCCAAAUGAAUGAAUAUAGGGAUCGAGUGAUCAUGCCAAGAGCUACAAAGAAUCAUGGAAGACACAUUGAUACUUGUGUGAAAGUCUUGGAUAUGACUGGUUUAAAACUCUCAGCACUGAACCAAUUGAAGCUUUUGACUGCUAUAACUACAAUAGAUGACUUGAACUAUCCAGAAAAGACCGACGCAUAUUACAUAGUUAAUGUUCCAUAUGUAUUCUCUGCGUGUUGGAAGGUUGUAAAGCCUCUUUUGCAGGAAAGAACAAGGAAGAAAGUCCAUGUACUUAAAGGUUGUGGCAUGGAGGAAUUACUGAAGGUAAUGGACUAUGCAUCCCUCCCACAUUUUUGCAGAAAGGAGGAUUCCAGGGUGCCCCAACAUCAUGCAGCUGGAAAUACUGAAAAUUGUUUCUCCUUUGAUCAUGUCUUCCAUAAACAACUAUAUAAUUACAUCGAGCAGCAAGCUAUAUUCAUAGAGUCCAUAUCUCAGGAUUCUUUCCAUGUAGAUUUACCGGAGCCAGACCCAAUUGAUGCCAAAAUUGCCAAGACUAUAGAAACUGAGUUCCACAAACUGGAAAUUCAGAAUGGCCUUACCAAUUGAUGGAAUGGUCUUGCAGUUCUUGUCUGCAUCGUGAUCACUUGAACCUGGAGAGUUCUGAUUAUGCUCAGUUGUUGUGAGCUACAUGCUCCAUUUUGAAUAAGAGUUGCAGUGGCUAUAUAUUCAGUUAUUAUCAGAGUGUUUAUGCUGACGUAGUCUUCUGAAAGAAGAAAUUACGUUCAGAUUUUCUACUAAUUUUUAACACUGUCUAUUUGUCGUACUAUUAAAAUAAACUGAAUUUGAUAUAAUAAA